AUGGAGGUUAACGGUGUCGCUGUCAUGCGCCGCCGCGCAGAUAGUUGGUUAAAUGCUACUCAGAUCCUCAAGGUUGCCAACAUUGAUAAGGGGAAGCGAACGAAAAUCCUUGAAAAGGAGAUACAGACUGGCGAACAUGAAAAGGUGCAAGGCGGUUAUGGGAAAUACCAGGGCACCUGGAUUAAAUUCGAUCGAGGCGUUGAGGUAUGCCGUCAAUACGGAGUUGAAGAAUUGCUUCGUCCUCUCUUAAUCUACGACAUGGGCCAGGAUGGUGGCAUCGCGGGUAGGGGAGACAUCAAUACCCCUACCAAAGAGCAGGCUAUGGCUGCGCAAAGAAAGCGCAUGUACGCUGGAAACGACAUUCGCGCCAAUGGGUUAUCUGGAACCUUCUUUAAGAACAUCUCGAGUACGGCAUCUAACGCUGUCGCUGCUAUCAGCAAGGCUCGCUUCGAUUCGCCCGGCCCGAGAGGUCGGAAUGGUCCGACAAGGCCACCUAGUUUUAGUCGGCAGUCUUCGAUGCAGAACGUCGACGACUUUCCGGGGAAUUCUCAGCAGAGCUUUACCUCCGACUACGGCCAAAAUGUUGACUCGGCGUAUUCAACCCAGAAUACACAGAUCUUCAACGGCGAAGAGCCAUCGCGAAAACGUCAAAAAGUCGUUACUCCCGCAGAUAGUUUUGGAUACGUGUCGCAUUCUAUGGAUAUGUACGCCAAUAAUUUCCCCGGCUCGCCUACGGAGCCCAACGAAUCUUUCCAAUACUCUCAAGCCGGCAUCGACGUACAUGAGAACGACGCUGUGCCACUACCCCCCUUACCCUUUGAGCUCUCUCCGGAGGCGGACCAGAAGCGCAACCUACUCAUGGGGCUCUUCCUAGAUCCUAAUGCCAACGCCUCUGACUACUCUCAAAACGAAGCUUUCCAGACGCUAUCGCCUUUGGACCUCGACGCACCAAUAGAUGCAUCAAGUCAUACUGCUCUUCACUGGGCCGCUACCUUAGCUCGAAUACCUCUUCUGCGAGCGUUGAUAUCGGCGGGAGCGAAUCCUUACCGAAUCAAUGCUUCGGGCGAAACAGCUUUGAUGAGAGCAUCGGCGGUAACGAAUAACUCAGAUCAAGUUUCGUUCCCUGAAUUACUCGACGUCUUAGGUAACACUAUCGACGUUCGAGAUAACAAGGGUCGAACCGUUUUGCAUCAUAUUGCUGUCACAAGUGCCGUGAAGGGUAGGAGCCAUUCCAGCAGAUACUACUUGGAGAGCCUCCUGGAGUGGGUUGUGAGACAAGGGAGCGCGCCGAGCAGCCAAAAUACGACAGCAAACGGCAAUUCUAGCCAACCGAAGAUGGGCAUCGGUCGAUUCAUGAGCGAGAUUGUAAAUGCGCAAGAUAAGUCCGGCGAUACCGCGUUAAAUAUCGCGGCACGGAUUGGAAAUAGGAGUAUCAUCUCGCAGUUACUUGAAGUGGGUGCAGAUCCCAGCAUCGCUAACAAGGCAGGCCUCAGACCGGUUGACUUUGGAGUGGGCGGUGACCUUGGGGAAGAUGGGGCUAAUGGUGAUCUAACGGUAACUGACAAGGCAAAUAUUACUGGUACUUGCCAGAAGACCCGAGAGAGCAGUGCUGAGAUUAUUACCUCCAUCACACACCUACUGAAUGAGACUUCCAACACCUUCCAAACGGAACUGAGGAAGAAGCAACAAGACAUUGAUUCGCUUCAUGUCUCUUUGCGAACGACGUCUACCCAGUUGGGAGAUGCGCGACGCCAGCUUGAGACGUUACAAACAGCUGCCAAGUCACAAUCUCUCGCGCGUCAGAAGAUAAGUAACCUUAGUCGGGGCCGUGACGAGGAGCAGAAGCACUUGAUGCGAUUGGAACAAAAUUAUGGUCGCCUAGAUGCAAAUAACUCUUGGGAGACGGAACUCAAUGCAGCUUUGGAGCCUGCGGAUGGAGAUGCGCCGAAUGCCGCUCUGCUGCCUAACUCCGUGGUCCUCCGUGCACGUAUACAAGCACUAAGGAAUAGGAAAGAUGCUAUGCGGAAGAGCAUAGGUUCGCUCAAAGGCCGCAGCAAAGAGGUUGAAGUCAAAUACCGGCGUGUAGUAGCGCUGUGUACCGGUGUAUCGGAAAGCGAAGUUGACGUCGUCGUAGACGGCUUAUUACGUGCCGUGGAGAGCGAAAAGGGGGAACUUGAGAUCGGCCGCAUACGGAGAUUUCUUGGUGGUGUUGAUGGGGUGCAUUGA